AUCAAAUUAAAGCAGAAAUGUCUGUUGUACGACCAAUUCCAAAACUGACACAGAAUCAAUCUCCAUAUAUUGACCAUGUUCGUAAGUUCCCAAUUGCUCAUUUACACCGGGACCAAACUCUGUAUCAGCACCAUGAGUUGCCAUCUAGUGCCUUAGCAGCCGCAGCGUUGGCAGUGUCGAACAAAAUUCAAGCCGAACUACCGAUCACAAGAGAGAGUGCCUUUCGACCAAUACCACAGAAGAAACCGUCCUCAUCAAUCCCAACGUUAUAUUUGAGCGAUUGUCAGACCUGCAUUCCAAAAGCCACACAUAUCAGCGAACUGCACCGAAUACCCCACUACCUGGAUAGACUUUUAAUACAUUCGUACGAACCAUUUUUCGCUUCCCCUUACUCAAAGAAUGGUUUUCUGACAACUAUGGACCAAACACGCUCGUGUUUCACCUAUGGACUUGCUGAGCAAUGUUUCUCGGCUUUUAAUCCACAUUUUGGACAGUUCGAAAAAUCAAAUUUGAAAGACAAUCUUUGUAAAUUAAAUCUAACGAAUUCCAACUCAACUAUAUUUUCUCAACCUCCACACCAAUUGCCUCCUUUUGAAAAGAACAAGUCUUCAUCAUCACUAUCAGCAGCGGCAGCUGCCAUACAUUCUACACCUUACACACACUGGCAGGACAGUAGUAUUCUUUCUUUUUUCAACUUACCAACAAACCCCAUUUUGGAAGUGAAUACAAGCUCAACAUCGAUUGCAACACCGUCUCCAAGCAAAUCUCUUUCAACUUCAAUUGGAAAAGAUUAUCGACAGCCUAUGAACCACCCGCCCCGCUACCAAUGCGAGGCUUGUAAAAAAAGUUAUGCCACCUUCGGUGGUCUAUCAAAGCACAAACAAUUCCAUUGCGUAUCUCAAGUGAAGCGGGAAUUUAGUUGUAAGUUCUGCUGUAAGUCGUAUGCUUCACUUGGGGCUUUAAAAAUGCAUAUUCGCACACACACACUUCCUUGCCGAUGCAAGUUGUGCGGUAAGGCUUUCAGCCGCCCCUGGCUUUUACAAGGACACAUCCGCACACACACUGGAGAGAAACCAUUUAAAUGUCCUCACUGUGGAAGGGCAUUUGCAGACCGCUCUAACCUACGUGCACAUUUACAAACACAUUCUGACGUUAAAAAAUAUGGAUGCAAAUCAUGCAAUAAAACUUUCUCCAGAAUGUCACUUCUUUUAAAGCAUGAAGACAGUAGCUGCCCAGGUUUACGGAGUUAGCUAUUAAAACAAUAAUAUAAGCUUGCAAUACUCAGAAUAUUUCAGAAGUAACCAGUUUUUGCACACUCUUAGAAAAUCUGGCGUUUAAUUCAUUGUUAGAGCUUCACAGAAGAUAAUUUUUUCCAGUCAUACAUGUUUUAUGUAACAAGAUAAGAGUAAAAUUGUGAGGAGUCGGACAUUAUACUCAAGAUUAUGAUUUUUAAAUGAUUCUAAGCCUUUGUUUUACUGUCAUGUGUGAUAAUUCUCAGUGGGUGGAACGGGUUGGCAAAGAUCAUGUCACGGCCCAUCCUCCUCUAACUAUCCUAUAACAAGGAAUUAAGGCCUCGGUAGAAGUCAUUUGUAAAGUGUCAGCAAUUGGAAUCUUAUUCAUCUCCAAGCUGCCUGACACAGACUUAUCUCCGUCACACCCAAAAUUUGCCAACUGUAAUAUAAUCGGAAAUAGAUUUACCUUCAUACUGUCAUACCAUCAGUAACAGAUUUAACUUUAUGCCGUCACAAACUAUUGUACUGGCAUUAAGUUACAGAUCAACUAUAAUGCCGUGGAGCACAAAUUUGCUGUCACACUACGAGAUACGGGUCUGCUUCCAUACUAUAGAACACAAAUAUACUGUAAUUUUAUUGAUGACGGGUCUAUUACCAAACGCUGUUGAUCACAAAUCUACACUUUGCUAAACUUUCAAUGUAAUAAUAUUUCCUAUGCCCCACAUCAAAACACAUACAUAAACACAGACGCCUCCUACGGUGUACGAACAUACUAUAUAUCGGCUGACGGCCUUGUAUAACUUUUAUACUGUGGUUUCAUUUUAUAUUUUAAUAUCAUAUUCCAUAUUUUCACUUGCUUUUACGAUGUAUUCCACGAAGUAUUCUUUUCUUCUCUUUUUCUUUUUGCGGGAGGACUUAUUAUCAUUGUCUUCCACUAAACUAUUAUGUAAUCGUAUUUUUCACGUAUAAAAAACAUGCCUAAAUGCUGUCAUACUUUUACAGUACUGUCUUGUACUAGUCUCUUGUAAAUUCUACGCUCCAUUUCUUUAUUUUGAGAAGUUUGUGAUAAAUAAGUGAAACAGAAGCAUCAAGUGUUUCAGUAACUGAACAGAAACCCAAGAUUCUUCUGUCACAAAGAGCUUAGAAGAAAGCUUCAAUGUGACCGCUCGAUAGGCUUCAAAUGGCAACCAAAUGUUACUCAAAUCUCUCUCACUCAAAAACGGAAUGACCACAGCUAUAAUGCCUUUGCUCAAAUGGUUUGCUCAAUGAGGGCUAACCUGACCAAAGGUAAACAUUAAACAACAGCAGCAAUGAUAAUCUUCUACAGUAUAGCCGACACUCGACUAUUAUGACUUUUUUUAUGAACUAGAAAAUAGAGAAAACAUAGCUACUGAUUGUAGCUUCUUGUACUUUAGUAACACUUCAAAGAAAUUAUUGUAUGAAGAAAAGUAGUUGAAUACCGGACUAAAUGCUUCGUCAUAUUUACUUACGAUCUUUUUUGUAAUUUCAAAUCCCCUAAGUAUUCACCGUUGUCGUCGUUGUCGUCGUUGUUUGGUUACAGAUCGGCUCCCGUUGAGCAGACCUAUAAUCAAAAGCAUUCCAUUAACAAUCAUUUUGUCUUUCUCUCAGGAAUUGCGUAUCUAGUAACACGUUAUCCAAUACACCUCCACAUUUCCCCCCAAGAUGAUAUGGUUUAAUUUGUGAAAAAUAUAGCUACUGUCUUUUGCAAGUAGAAAGGAUCCCGUAAAGGAUUCCUGGUUGUCGCGAAAUUAAAAUUGUAUAUUUAUGAGGCAAAAUUUGUAUUGAUUGUUAUUAAAUUCUUCGUACUGAAA